AUGGAGGAAGCUUCACUCCUAGAGCAGCUGAGGGAUGAUCAGAAGAAUCGGCUGGAGGAUCUCCAAUGCGAACCAACUGACUUGGAGGAGUGUCUCUCUGACGCCGAUCUCGAUGAGUUCGAUGACGAACAGGUGGGAUCAUCCGAGAAACCAUUCGAGAAUCGUUUCCUCUUUCUUGAGGAGACCCUCCGAGAGGUGGCUCAGAACGAGACUAAGCUCCCGGACUUUCUAGAUGAGAAGCCCUUGAGGACGCUUGCUAACCCUGCUACUUUGGUUACCACUCUCCUUGGCUUUGGUCGAUUUACGCUCUAUACACAGGUUAAAGGUCUGUCUCUACUAUGCCCAGAUGGCAAACAAGUAAUCACUCUUGGUCGUUUUAUAUCCCGUUGGGAUUUGUCUCGGUUGACAAAGCCUGACGAAUGGACUGAAGGAAAAUGGUUGAAGAUCAGAUCUUGCUCUUCCUUGGCUCACCUGCUGGCUCCCAUGACCCUUAUGCUCUUUGCUUAUGUUGCUCCCCCUAACAUAGGUCUGGUUGUUCAAGAACAUUGUAUGAACAACAGAAAAGCACUUACGGCCUGGACGAACAUCCCCAUCUCGGACGACAAAGGUACCCCAAAUGAUCAAGAGAGAACUGCAAAAGCUCUCAGGUCUUGGUUGGAGUCUUGCUCCGAGGUUCUGGAAGCUGUGCAGACUGAGAUCUCUGUUCCAUUCAGGGAUAUUCAUCCCGCAACGACAUUGCGCAAGUGGUGCACGGUACUGCCCAAGACUGGUCAAACGUGGAGUGAGUUCCUCUCGCAUGAGCAAGCCCUUCAUUCACAGCUUGAACCUGCGAUAGCAUGGACAGUCAGGAGGGACAAACUGAUAAAGUGUCUCACCGAUUGUUAUGCCUACUUCAGAGAGAGUGAAGCGACUCGUGAACAACAUCUCCCCAAGCUCCGAUCCUCCCGCGAGUUGAAAACCUUCCAAGACAAACUGAGAUCCAUAGCCGAGUGCCAUGCUCCACUCACUGUGGACGAUGUUUUGGGAGCUGCGCUGGAAGCUCUAUGGAGCAGGAGACCUAAUGCGAGCAAACUGAAGGGUCGUGCGGAGACGUCUACUCCUAAGCCUACCUCUGGUCCUGUUGUUGACAAGAACACUCCCAGCCAAAAACGAGACAGGGAUGCCAAAGCAAAAGACCAAUCCAUCAAGCCCAAAUCUGAGCCUACCACCGGUCCCACAGCAGAAUCCUUGAAAAAAACUCACUUCGCCUACCCCAGUGGUCGAGCCUCGUCUACAGGACUCCAUGGAGACAAUGGUGGCAAGAGGCGUGGCCUAAGGCCACUGGCCUUCAUGUUGGACGAGCUCGAAACGUGGCGAUAUCUCCUGACUGCCGUUACCCAGAAUAUCUUCGAGAGUGCAGCGGGACGAGGGUAUAGGAACGCCCAAGAGAGUGGUUUCUGUAUCUGGAGCUUCCAGGGCCGCCUUAUGUAUAAGUGCCCGGAAGAAAGUUUGUGGUUUUCGGACUGGAGACCUCACCCAAAACAGUUGUUGUCUGAGAAGGAGCUUGAGAGUAUCAGGAAGGACUACAAGCAGUAUAUAGCGCAAUACGAAGCUGGCGAUCGCGACUUUGCGAGUCAACAACGUGCGGCUGCGGUUGCGGACAGGAAGGCUAUUCAGAACGACUUCAGGUGGAAGUUGCAGUCUAUGGUCAAGGAUCUCAAGGAGUUCCGGGCUGAGAUGCGCAGAUCAUUGGCCCGUGAAGACUAG